UACAAACAAAUGAGGGGUGGGUUGGGUUGGAGAAGGCGGUGUAGAACUCAAGGUGGGUGGAGAAGUGACUGUAUUUCAGAUCACAAAUUUUCUCAGUGGGUAUUGGUACUAUCACUUUUGUUUAUUGGAAACGAAUAGAUCGACUUUAAUAUUGGGACUUUGUCUGAUCAAGCCCUGAACGAUCAAACUAGGGAAACGGCACGUACACGUGUGUUUAUACAGUACAGUAUGUUAUAUACAACGUAAUGUACAGUAUUUACGGUAUACAACAAUACUGUACGGCCUACACCCUGUUCGAGGACACGCAUGCCUCAGUCAUUCAUAAAUUUUAACCGGAAGCUGGCGUUGAAGUGAUCACUGCAUUAUUCAUAAUGGGCGGGUAUUAUGGCUUGAUCGGCAGCGGAUAGGAGCUUGUCUCCUCCCCGUGCCUCCAAUCAGUCAAUGGACAAUACACAACAGAGUUCAUUCACAUUAGCUGUACGUGACUCAUACCACACAUCCCGUGAAAUGCGUAGUGUAAACUGCUUCAUAGUAUACACGCCGAACGAAUCCUUUUUCUCAUGACGCAGUAUACUGAUGUCUUCAUUUCACUGGAAACGAUCACUGCCCAUAUCCACAACGUGUCAAAAAACCAACUGUACCAAAUGCAUAUCACGCAAGAGGAUCGGCAUCUCUCGCCGCUGAGUGGUCCACUGAUCAGCAAGGACAACCAUCGUAAUAACCAUUAUUAUCACCCCCACAAAAUGGCCGACCCGGCCGGUGGUGGGAGAAAGCCGGUCUUGAAGGGCCCAAACGGAGAAAGAUCUCUUGCCGAUGCCUUAGCCGAUUUCCCCGGUGAGCUGGUGAGAACGGAGAGCCCCAAUUUCGUGUGUUCGGUGCUGCCAUCGCACUGGCGGUGUAACAAGAGUUUACCGGUGGCUUUCAAAGUUGUGUCUCUUGGAGAAAUUAAGGAUGGGACAGUUGUUACCAUAGCGGCCGGCAACGAUGAGAACCACUGUGCCGAGCUUCGUAAUGCCACAGCAGUCAUGAAGAAUAAUGUGGCUCGUUUCAACGAUCUCCGCUUCGUUGGACGAUCCGGUAGAGGGAAAAGUUUGACGUUGUCCAUUAUUAUUGGAACCAGCCCACCCCAGAUUGCCACCUACAAUCGUGCAAUAAAAGUAACUGUUGAUGGACCUCGGGAACCAAGAAGACACAGACCCAAGCUAGAGGAACCUCGUAUGCCCCAGCCAAUCCACAACCCUAGCCUGCCCUUCCCUAAUCGUAUCGGUGAGCUUCAAGGGUUCUCUCCAGCUAAAGUGCAACCAAUGCAGCAAUGCCCAACCCGUAGUAUCCGCCCUCAAGUCCUCAACACCACCAAUAACUACUUGGUUACACAAGAAGAGAACCAACAGCAGCCGCCGCCGAUGAUCAAUCGCCAAUCAACGACUUCAUGGCCAUACUCCUACCAAACAACAGAGUUCUUCAAUCCUCAGCCCCAAGCAACGACUGCCAACCCGGUCCGAACAACAGCCGCAGAUCUCAACAGUAUCAAGAUGGACGUCACUGAAAGUAUGUCUCAACUGACACAGUUGACGACGGUAACAGCGACUGACAACUCUCUGACACACAUUCUGUCAGCACCAGAUCCACGGUUCCCUAACCCCAGGGCAACUGAUCCAAGAUUUAUUUAUCCCAAUGUUACAUCAGGGUUGAAUUUUCCCUCAUCCUCUUCAAUGUCGGUGCUUUCACCAAGUAUUGACACAUCACGUUUUCUUCCCAUGACACCCAGUGCUUUUCCUGAUAUAUUUGGAGGUGCUCCCUCUACCCCAGUCACACUGACAUCCCCACCAUAUUUACCCAGUUCCCCACCCUACCAGUUAUACCCCCAUCUGUAUAUGACCUCGCCCACAUCGCACCAGCAACAGAACUUCUUUGAAAGCACCCCACAUGUGCUCCCACCUUGCACCACCAGAUCUGAGACAAAACCCAAGGAAGACAUCAAACCAAGAGAUAUGCCUUCCCAAACGAUAGCUCAUCACCCUGUAACACAAGAAAUGUCCACCCUCAUGACCUAUGACCCCACACGGACUCCUAAUCUCACCACAAUGUCCAUGCAUCACAGCUCCAUUGGUGCCCCUAGUAGUAUCAAUGCACUUGAUACACCAACUGCAAUGGCCAUCCCAAUGGCACUUCACCAUGCUCAAGUAGCAUCCAGUAUGCCUCUUCAAGGAGAUGAGGACAGAAAAGAAGAUGUUUGGAGACCCUAUUGAGGAACAACUAGUGUUACCAGCCAAAUAGCAUAUUUAGUUAUUGGUAACAUCUAUUUAUACAGUUUUUAUGCAAGCAUAAUAAUAAUUAAUAUGAACAAAUCAAAUAUAUAAUUGAAGUAGCCUGUGUUAAAAUGGUACUUAACACAUCAAAAACAAAACAAGUGUCAAUCUCAUUUUUGUUUGUAAUAGAUUUGCUUAUGAGUUGUGAUGAAAAUUGAGCAGGUAACAGCAAGCAAACAACAUGUUAUCUGAACAUAUGAAACAUGAAAUGAAAGUUGGGAACAUUCCAGAAGGCUGUAGGCAUGGUCCAAAAUAAUCCUAGUGUAAAAGUUUGGUGUCAGUUUUCUUUUGCUAACCUAGAAGGAAUGUCACAACAGUGAACAUCCCAGGGUUUUUUUCAAUUUCUAAAAAAAGGAUUGCUACUUAGUUAUUAUGGCUUUAUUGUUAGAUUCGCAUCAAGCGAGGCAGGGUCCGGGAUUGGGCAAUUUUAAUGGAUUAUGUGUGGUUUAUCCCUAUGUUCUAUGUUUAUGGAAGUGGACUUUCAAAGAGAAUCAAAAGAGAGAUUCUAGAAAUUGGAUAAGGUUUUUGGGGUAUAUAUUAUAAUAUCUCAACACAUAACAUGUAGUGGACAUAAUAAGUAGUUUUUACAUGCCUUGCCCAUGAUUUUGUUACUGUAAUUAACAAAAGUACAGCUGUAAAAUGUAGUUAAGCAUAAGCUGCACAAAGUAGAUGUAGAUUAGAAUCAGGCAGUAGAGCAAAAAUAAUAUAUACACUAUUUAUUAAUAUUUAAUGGAAACAUCAUUUUGUAUGGAAUUUUAAGAAGACAUUCCGAAGAAUUCAAAGCGACCACUAAGUGACUUUCAAAAUGAGUAGAGUAGUCCCUUAAUUUUUCCCUUGGCUUAAAAGGUUGGUGAGGAUGACUUGUCUUUUUUCAAGAUAUGACAGACAUUGGAGAGUGCAUUCAAAAUGGAUAACUUGUAUGUAAAUACACAAUAAUUCACCCAUCGUGCCUGUCACUUCUCAGAAGGUUUCUUGCUACGUCUCAGUCUCUCUUAAAUAUUUUGCUCAAACAUUUGUCACUUUUUGUUACAGUAAUCAGUCAUUUUCCAACAGUACUGCGCGUUGUUGUUGUUGCUGUUGUUGAUCUAUUUGUUAAAAUGCUAUCUUGGGGCCAAUUUCUGCCAUCCUUCUAAAGUAAAAAUUUGAUGUUUAUUUAUGUUGUAUUUAUUAUAGCAUGCUGAAGCCCCGCCCUAAUACUGAUUCUUAUGCUGGUUUCACAUUCUAUUUGAACCGUGCCAAAAAGUCUAAAUAAACUUACCAAUAAAACCAAAUACAAACAUUGAUAUUAAGAAAUUUGGCCCUGAUGUGCUCUUUCUGGUUCCAUUUCAAUAAAAUCUACAACAAAAUAUGAGAAAAUUUGUUGAUGUGUCUGUUGGGGAGAAGUUGGUGAUUUAACACAAAAAGUGACAUUUGGAACAAAUACAUUCAAGAGAUUGCAAAGAAGUUAAUGUGCCAUAUUUAAUGUCACUGUUAUGAAUGUACAAUACCUGUAUGUAAUUGUUUUACUCUCUGAGGGAGUGCUGUAUAUGUUUACUUAAUUUAAAAAUACAACUAUUUUUUAAAUCCAAUUGUAACUGCUACAAGGCAAGUUAUAAAAGGAUCACGAUGGAAAAUUAUCAUUUAAGGCUGAUGUGUAUGCAUAGCAAAUAACAUAAAUAACUCAAAAUAUCAAAUGUUUUCAAAAUUAUGUAACUUGUUUCAAAUAAUGUCAAAUGAUAGCAAUGAUAAUUUAUCUUGACAUCUUGCAAGUCUACUAAUGAUUCGUUCAAUUUGUUUUACCGAAAAAGCUUGAUGUAAUUUGUGAUUUUGCCAGAAACAAGUAAUCUUGACUUUUCAAUUAAACUGAAACAGAAUAUCAUUUGUUAAUUAAAAAAAAACAAAGUUAUAAGUUUGGAUGCAAAGUGUGGCAUACUCCUGUAUAAAUACCCAAGUUUCUGAGAAACUAAAUAAGAGGUAGGAAUAGAUUUAAGAAAAGUGUUUUUGGAACUUGUUGCCUUGUAUUGUACAGCAGUUGUACAUAUAAACGGUUAUUUAAUGGAUACAUGAUUCAGAAAUGAAAUAUUGAUUUAAAAAGAAUGCAAAUGCAAGACAAAUGUAAUUUUUUUUACUUAACCAAGAUAUCGUAAUUACGUCCGCAUAUUUAUAUUAAUAAUAAGCAGUGUGAGAGUGGAGUUUGUGAUGUCAAAGGUUUUGAGGAAAGAGAACUAAAGGAUAAUAUUGAAUGCACACGUUGUUACAUAAUUUAAGUUUAAUUAGCUAUUCUUAAACUGUUUAGUGUUUUGUGUUAUUCCAUUACAUUGUUUUUUAAAUAAAUGUUUGAGCUGUUAUUUCUUUGUAAUCCAGAGUGAAGUUUUUUCAUCUUCGGUAAUCUUGAAAGGAGCUUUGAGAAUUAUUGAGUUGUGUGUUAACAUAGUCCUAAAAGUGUGGAAUUAUCAGUUCAGUGGAAAGUAACAUUUCACAAAAUAUUAUAAACUACUGAUUCCGUCUGGCAAAAUGUUAAGUAGAAAAUAACUUUGACAUUUUGUGUACAAACACAGAACUGAUUUUUCUGACCACUGCGAAAAGCUAUAAAGGAUUGGACUUGAAAAAUAGGUAUGAGUGGAGUUUAGCUUUCCUUGGCCUGAAACUUGGUAGUUGAAUAAUCUUGGAACUAACUAUGUAAAAUGUAUAGUCUAUUUAAAGGGAAACUGAAAACUUCUCUAGAAUUGCAAUGCAAUGCAAAUCAAUGCCUUUUUCUUGGAUGAAUGUCAUUUUAGUAUGUUCUUGAAAGUGCUGUUAUUUAUAAAAUCAACAAAGCAAUCAGGCGAUAGUAUAAAACUCUCCACGCGUUAAGUGGUGAGCAUUAACAUUUGUUAGAAUUGUUGAAACUUUAAGAAAAUAUCAUGUGGUAUCAAUAAUACGCCUUUGUGGGCAUUCUUACUUGAUGUUAUAUUAUGAAAAAACACUCCCUCAAGCCUCAUUACCUAAAAUUAUGUUCAUCAAAUGUUUAAUUAUUAUGAUAGAAAUAUUUUAAUUAAUAUUUAGCGUGUGUACAUAAACCAGUUAAUUUCAGACACAAGACUUUAAACUAAGAGAAGUAAGUCUUAAGUUGUACAUGUAUAUACGUUGUAGUUAUCUAACUUUCUAAAACAUGGGCCAGUAUUGCUCUUGGCAAAGUUGUCUCAAUUUUAACCAACUAGUCAUCUUCUGGAAUCUAAUGCAUUCAAACAACGCUAACUGCAGUUAUCAUAAAUAUUCCAAUAGGCCUAAAACAAACUAUCUUACUGAGCAGUCUCCUGAAUAUAGCUUGCUCUCUUCCAAAAAAUGGUUACACAUUUUCUUGUUUUCCUUUUGCUUUUUGCUGAAAGGGAUCAUCAGUUGGUGAAUCAUUACAGCUUUGUAGGUUUCAUGAUUUUGUGAGAAUGACCUGUCACUGUCAGGAAGAUCAACUUGUCAGGAAGUUUGGUACUAUUACCAUCUUUUAUCCAAUGCGAUUUUGAAAUAAUAGUUUGAAAAUUGUCCUAUGGGUAAUAAUCAAUGGUGAACACACCCUUUAAUUUGAUGAAGAGAGUUCAACAUAUGAGAGAAGUACAGUGCUAGUGUAAAAGUUGGUCUUUAUAUUCAGAUAGUUUUUGUUUUUGGUUAGUCUUAUGUGUCUUUUGCCAAAGAUGAGAGAGCUUCCUUUAUGUAUAAAUGUCCCUCCAAUAUAGUAUUUGUGUGAAAGGUUUGAUGCAGAAAGAGAAUGUUGGGCCUGUUUAUAAUUAUGACUGUCAAACAGUCUUUUGAGUGUUGGUUUGUCUGUUUGCUUGGAUAUAAGAAAUAAACAAUUUAAAACAA